AUGAAUGCGCUUAAGGAACGUAAGGAGGCGUUUGUCUCUGGACUUGAAGGUGGCAGCAUCGCAGAGAUCAAUUUGGUGACAACAGUCGCUCUAACAGCAUACUUUGGGUGGCAAUUACUGAACAGACGGUUGGAUAGUGUGCCACUCGUCGUGGACUUUCUUCUGAACUGGGCGGGGCUUCUGCUCUCGAUUACCGUCUAUGCUAAUGACCCCGUCCUGCUGAACCUGCUGAUUGCUGUGCCCUGCAUUGUUCAGCUGCAGAUCUUGGGGCGCUCCUCGCAGCGCAAAACGCAGCCGCAAAAGGGCAAGGAGAGCGCGCGCCUCGGACUGGACAGGAAGCCCUUUAUCACUGCGUAUAGAGGGGGCAUGCUGAUAAUCACAUGCCUGGCAAUUUUGGCAGUCGACUUUCCGGUGUUUCCGAGACGGUUCGCGAAGGUCGAGACCUGGGGUACGUCGCUGAUGGACCUCGGAGUGGGCUCAUUUGUCUUCAGCAAUGGCCUUGUUGCAGCCAGUGCACUACUCAAGCAAGAGAUCUCCGGCCAGCGGCCGCCGCUUUGGAGCCGCCUGGUCUCUUCGGUGCGGUCCGCCGGUAUACUUUUGGCGCUUGGGGUGGCCCGGCUGGUUAGUGUCAAGGGCUUGGAGUACCAAGAGCAUGUCACUGAGUAUGGCACUAGCUGGAACUUCUUCUUCACCUUGGCGCUCGUACCGCUGGCAAUGAUACUUGUCGACCCCAUUUGCACGUAUGUGCCACGGGUGUUCAUUGCUCUCUUAUUAUCGGUAUUCUCGGAGUAUCUUCUGCAGAAAGAGGGUUUCCUACAGUUUAUGAUUAUGUCAAAGAGAGAUAACUUCUUCAAUUCUAACAGGGAAGGUAUACUGUCAUUCCUGGGCUAUUGCGCGAUAUUUCUACUGGGCCAGAACACCGGAUUUUAUGUGCUGGGUAAUCGGCCAACCGUGAACAACUUAUAUCGUCCUUCAGGGCAAUCAUGGCAGCAAAAUCGCAGACAAAGGCUUUCCGCAUGGGACAAGUGGACAUCUGUGACCCCCUUGGCUGGAUUACUGGCCUGGUUCUUUAUCACAGUGGCUCUUUUCCAGCUCACUAUGGCAUACCAUCCAUAUACCGUUUCGAGACGUUUCGCAAAUCUUCCAUAUGUGUUAUGGGUUGCCGCGUAUAACCUGGGAUUCCUAUCGAUGUAUUGCAUGGUCGACUCUCUCUUCAACCUAAGUCAGCAUUCCAAUAACGUACCAGUAACCUUGGACGCCGUCAAUUCCAAUGGUCUGUUUGUAUUCCUGCUCGCCAAUUGCUUAACUGGCCUGAUCAAUAUGAAUAUGAAUACGCUAGACAGCACACUUACAGUCCAGAUUGCCGCGCUUUUCGGCUACGCGACAGUUAUUGCUUCAGUUGCUAUUAUUAUGUAUAAAUGCAGGAUAUUCAUUAAACUAUAA